AUGCUCAUGUUACAGCAGCACCAGCAGCAGCAGCAGCAGCAGCAGCAGCAGAAACAGCAACAGCAGCAGCAACAGCGAUCGUUCGUUACAUCUUUGAUUCUCUGUCUCGAUGGUGCGUGGGCUAUGCUGCGGGAGCCAGAUAUGGUGGAUGUGCUGCAUACACCCGGUGUUGUGGAUGCAUUGCGGCGGUAUGUAUGUGAGGUGUUGCAGCAAACGUUUUCAACUAUAUCUUUGUAUGAUUUUUGUCAGUUACUGAAUCUAAACAACAACAACAGCAGCAGCAGCAGCAGCAGCAGCAGCAGCAGCAACAGCAGCAGCAGCAGCAGCAGCAGCAGUACUGCUGCUGCAGCAGAUGAAAAAGUAGAGAAACUUAUAAAAGCAAGAGGAUGGACUAUAGAAGACAGCAGCAACGGCAGCAGCAAAGUUGCAGAGCUGUACUUCUCGCCUCAAGCAGCAGCAGCAGCAGCAGCAGCGACACUAGCAGCAGCAGCAGCGACACUAGCAGCAGCAGCAGCAGCAACAGCAGCAGCAAAUCAUAACGGCAGAGCUGUACUUCUCGCCUCAAGACAGCCCGAGGGCUUCUACUGUCGUCUGCAGGCAGAGCUGUACUUCUCGCCUCAAGCAGCUGCAGCACAACGCCCAGCAGCAGCAGCAGCAGCAGCAAAUUCCAUCCGCAGCAGCAGCAGCAGCAGCAGCAGCAGUGGCAGCAGCAGCAGCAUCACCAAAACAAUCAGUAACCUCUAUGUCAGCAGCAACAAUAGCAGCAGCAGCCACAGCAUCGCAGCAGCAUACAAGCAGCAGCAGCAGCAGCAACAAGCAGCAGAAACACCAGCAGCAACAGCAGCAGCAACAGCAGCAGCAACAGCAGCAACCCACGCAUCAUCACAGGAGACAAGAGAAACAAGCUUCGGCAGCAGCAGCAGCAAAUGCGCCUUCCCCCCUGCAGCAAAACAGCAGCAGCAGCAGCAGCAGCAGCAGCAGCAGCAGCAGCAAAUCCCUUCGUUUUAA